GCGGCGCGGAACAUAAACACUACACUGUCAGUGACUAUCCGUUCUACUGUUCUUCAGUUGUAUUUGGUUAUAUUUCCCCUCUUAGUUUCAUCAUAUUGAAUUAACAAAACAUAGUCAUCAUGUCAGGUUUACUCGACAGCUGUGAAGAGCUUUUUGGGACAAGAAACCUGUACGAGAUAUUGGCUUUGGUGAAGGGUGCAUCGAAAAAUGAAGUGAAGAGAGGAUACUACAAGUUGUCUCUGAAGGUCCACCCUGACCGUGUGAGCGAUGAGGAGAAAGAAAUUGCAACCCAGAAGUUCCAGGCAUUGGGGAGGAUCUACCGGGUCUUGAGUGACGAUAAUCUACGGUCAUUGUAUGAUGACACAGGUGAGGUUGAUGAUGAGAUGGACACGGAACAGAGCAAGGACUGGUCGACCUACUGGAGAAUUUUAUUCAAGAAAGUUUCUGUGAAUGAUAUACGAGAGUUCGAGAAGAAGUACCAAGGUUCAGAGGAAGAGCUGGCAGAUUUAAAGGCUUCUUACAUGGCGUAUGAAGGGGACAUGGAGCAGAUACUGGAGAACGUCUUAUGCUGCACUGUAGACGACGAACCAAGAUUCGCCGAGAUUCUUACAGAUUUAAUCAACAAGGAAGAGCUGCCUGAGUAUCAAGCGUUCACAAAGGAGAAUAAGAAACAGAAGACUGGACGGAGGAAAAAGGCAAAACAAGAGGCUGCUGAGGCUGAGCAUCUUGCCAAGGAGAUGGGACUCGGACAGGAAAAUGGCGACGAUGCGCUGAGCGCGCUCAUCAAGCAAAGGCAACAAUCUCGAGAUCAACAGAUGGAUAGUUUUAUGGCUGGACUGGAGGCUAAGUACUGCAAGCCGAAGUCAAAGGGCAAGAAGAGUAAAGCGGCAAAGACAAAAUGAGAGGAGAAAGUGUCAAGACUCUUUUGUACCAAACCUAAAGUAAGGCGUCGUUUAUAGUAAAUCUGAGUUGUGCAUAAAAUGUUGACUUUUUUGUACCAAACCUAAAGUAAGGCGUCGUUUAUAGUAAAUCUGAGUUGUGCAUAAAAUGUAGACUUUUUUGUACCAAACCUAAAGUAAGGCGUCGUUUAUAGUAAAUCUGAGUUGUGCAUAAAAUGUACAACGUAGGCCUUGAAGGUAUACAGUAACGAACCUCUGUUACGGGGCACUUCUACGGGAAAAAUGUCAGUUUGUUUUAUGAACCUUGCACUUGCAGAGGUCACCACAGUAAAAGCACAGGGCACCAUGGCAAUUGGCCGUGGGUGCGGUGGGUUAUUUUUGAGACAUGUUGGUCGUACAAACUCGAGACUGACUAUGUGUUUUGAAAAAACUGUAUGUGAACUGAUAGUCGGCACUUAUGGAGCCAGGAGUCCAUACAAGUAAUGCUGAUAUAUGAUGUAUCUCAUAAAAUUACAAACGCGCUAUAGAGAUAAUGUGUGCACAGCUCAAUUGAAGAAAACAUAAAAUCUUACGUUUUCAGAAAAUUGUAAAAAAGGGGCACAUUUCGAAACUGUUUUAAAAGCAUUUAUUUAUAAAAGAUAAAAUAAAUGCUUUUGUUUGGAAAGUUUUUAUGUGACAUUAGUAUGUAACUUGAAUCUGCCGGGAAAUAUUCAAAGUCUUUUUGUAAACAAGGUUUGGUCUGUAAAUGGUUUACAUAUUAAUGAUUCUAAUGUUACUGUAAAAAUGAGCGUCCUAGUAGUUGUAUACACAUGAAGCAGUGCUCCAAAAACUUCGGACGCUAAUGACAGUAAAAAACCUAAAUUUUAGAAAGAGACCAUAAGCUUUCUGUUUAGGAUAUACCUAUGCCGGGUGUACAAUCAAUCCUGCAUCAAAAAGACUUAUGAAGAAACUUUUUUUUUUUUUUUUUUAUAAAAACUUUGCCAACAAAGACUGUUAAUGGGUGGGGUUAAAGGCGAUUGUUUUGCAAGGGAAACUUCAAACCGUAAAACCCAUGAUGUUUGAUAGACACUAUAUUAAAAGCCAUGGCCAAGACCAGGGGGCAACACAAGCCAUGGGGUCAUUGUCUCUCUAUAGUUCCAGAAAUGUGAUAACAUGAGCAUUAAAAAUGUAGCUCAAAAGCACUAUUAUUUCUUUUGUUUAAGAUAGUGAUUUUCAUAAGUAAACCAAUAUUUGUUCAUAAAAAGUAGUUGGUAAAGUUUGGCCGGCAAGAAGUGUACACAGGUUUAGGAAGAAAAAGAAAAAAAUCCAUUAUGUGUACAAUUAUGUCUGUUAUCUAUUUAUAAAAAAAGGGGAGUCAUUUCUUUAGAAAAAUGUUUAGUCCAAUGUGUUUUGGGUUUUCUUUUUCCCCUCAACAUUUAUUUCAAUUAUGCCUCCAUUUAAACUAAAGUUCACAGAUAGUGUUUACGUUUCUAAAUAAAUGGAGGAUUACUAGUGCUAUAUAUGUCUGCUUGAUUUUGUCCACAUUAUAUUGAUGAUAAUGAAUUUAUUACAAAUUUAGAGCUGAAAACAAAAGAAGAAUAAUAAACAAAGAACAAAGCA